AUGUCCGCUCCAGCCACCACCCAAAUCGAAAUCUUGCAAGAAGGCUCCGGUGCCCGCCCAAACGUCGGUGACUUGGUCACCAUCCACUACACCGGUACCUUGGAAAACGGUAAGAAGUUCGACUCUUCCAGAGACCGUGGUAAGCCAUUCCAAUGCACCAUUGGUGUUGGUCAAGUCAUCAAGGGAUGGGACACCGCCAUUCCUCAAUUGACUGUGGGUUCCAGAUCCAAGUUGACCAUUCCUGGCCACGAGGCCUACGGACCAAGAGGCUUCCCAGGCUUGAUUCCUCCUAACGCCACCUUGAUCUUUGACGUCGAAUUGCUUGGUGUCAACUAG